AUGUUGCUCCCUGGACUCAGGCCCCGGGCCCUGCCCUCUCUCUGCCUCUGCCUCGUGGUCCUGGCCUGUGUUGUAGAAUGCCUGCAAGAAGUGCCUACCGCGUCCCCAAGCCCCCCACCAGGGCUGGCAAGUAGAUCCUGGAGCCUGGUGCGGGACAAGGUGAAGGGGUACGUGGAGCCCCUGGUGAAAAGUACCAGAAACACAUGGCAGUGGUUCCAGGUCCCCACAGCCCUCAGGGGCUUUGUGCAGACAUACUAUGAGGACCACCUGAAGGACCUGGGACCCCGCACCCAGGCCUGGCUCCUCAGCUCCAAGGACAACCUCCUGCAAAAGGCUCACAACCUGUGUCCCCGACUUCUUUGUGGGGAUAGGGACCAAGGUUAA